UAGACCGUGUAGUCAGAGUACUAACACAAUCUUUUUUGUGUUAAAUUAUUUUGAUAUUUUAAGUAUUUGGACUUUUCCACAUGUGAGAUAACUCCCAAGUUUUAUCUCCAAUUGAUGGAAAGAUAUUUAAUUUAAAAUGACAACCUUAAGAGAACGCCAACUCAAUGCCUUAAAGCAGAUGCUGAACCUAAAUCAGCCGCUAACAAAGGGCGUGGCGACUGAACCGACGUGGAAAGUGCUGGUGUACGACAGAAUUGGACAAGACAUUAUUUCUCCACUAAUAUCUAUCAAGGAGUUAAGGGAAUUAGGUGUCACUCUUCACGUUCAGCUGCAUUCCGACAGAGACAACAUUCCAGAAGUCCCCGCAGUCUACUUCUGUGCUCCUUCAGAAGAGAAUCUUGGCCGCAUAAGCCAAGACUUGGACAAUGGGAUCUACGACCAGUACCACUUGAACUUUAUAUCACCCAUAACAAGGCAGAAACUGGAGGACCUUGCAGCGUCAGCCAUCCAGUCUAACUCUGUCAUGCAUAUACAUAAAGUUUUUGACCAGUAUUUGAACUUCAUUUGCUUAGAAGAAGACUUGUUUAUUAUGAAGCACCAGCAAUCAGAUUCAUUAUCUUAUUAUGCUAUUAAUAAGGGUGACACUAAAGAUACUGAAAUGGAGGCUAUUAUGGAUAACAUUGUGGAAAGUUUAUUCUCUGUCUUUGUUACUUCAGGUAAUGUGCCUAUAAUAAGAAGUAGCAAAGGCAAUGCAGCUGAAAUGGUAGCAACAAAAUUAGACAAAAAGUUGAGAGAGAAUCUAUGGGAUGCCAGGAACAAUUUGUUCCAUGGCAACACAGGGCAGUUCAGUUUUACCAGGCCUAUGCUUAUUCUGUUGGAUAGAAAUAUUGAUAUGGCUACACCACUGCAUCACACGUGGACCUACCAGGCUCUGGCACAUGAUGUUUUGGAUUUGUCAUUGAACAGAGCCGCCGUACCAGAAACUUCAGCAGUGCCAGGCCAAAAGACCAAGGUUCGCGUAUGUGAUUUAGACUCGAAGGACCCUCUUUGGACAGAGCAUAAAGGGAGUCCUUUUCCAACAGUUGCAGAGGCUAUACAGGAAGAUUUAGAUAAAUAUAGAAAUUCUGAAGCGGAAGUGAAGAAGCUGAAGAGCUCAAUGGGCCUGGACGCAGAUAGCGACCUGGCGCUCAGCAUGGUGAGCGACAACACGCAGCGGCUCACCAGCGCUGUCAACUCGCUGCCCCAGCUCAUGGAGAAGAAACGGCUCAUCGACAUGCACACCACCAUCGCCACAGCUAUCCUAAACGCAAUAAAGUCAAGACGAUUGGACUCUUUUUUCGAACUCGAAGAGAAGAUAAUGAGCAAAAGCAGCGGCGUAGAAAGCAAGGCGGUCAUCGACCUCAUCGCGGACCCCAGCGCCGGCACGCCCGAGGACAAGAUGCGGCUCUUCAUUAUUUAUUACCUGUGCACUUCGCAAAUACCCGAAGACGAUUAUAAGAAACUAGAAUCUGCGUUGGUGGCUGCCAAUUGUGAUGUUAAUCCUAUUUCUUACAUGCGGCGAUGGAAGGGCUUCACGAAAAUGUCUGGCCAAUACGAAGGUGGAGGCACAAAAACAGUAUCUAUGUUUUCAAAGUUGGUUUCCCAAGGAUCAUCUUUCGUAAUGGAGGGCGUCAAGAAUUUGGUUGUUAAAAAACAUAAGCUGCCAGUGAGCCGAUGCGUGGAGAGCGCACUCAGCAGCGCGGACAGCCCGGAGCUGACGUGGCUGGACCCGCGCGCCGCGCGCACCGACGCCGCCGCCCGCGCCCGCAGCGCGCGCAGCCCGCCGCCCACGGACGCCGUCGUGUUCGUCGUCGGCGGCGGCAACUACAUCGAGUACCAUAAUCUGCUGGACUUCGCUAAGCAACAAGCUACGAGUGGAACCGCCCGGAAGAUCAUUUACGGCGCAACGACACUCCCCAACGCCUCGCAGUUCCUCAAGCAACUGUCACUCUUGGGCGAAGAGAUCCACUGAGCGAUCCCAGCAUUGCCAGCCUACAUUAACUAUUUUAUUGUAUAAAUAAAAAAAUAUUAAUCAAUUACUAUAUUUAUAAGCGUUCAUUCUUGUUGUUCUUUCUUAUCUGUGAUGGAAUCUUGGUGAUGCGUUCAAUGAAACAAUACUUCAACAA